AUGGCGAGAGUGGAUGAACGGUUGGAUCAAGUGGUCGAUCAGUUGACUGACCGGAUGGCCGACUUGAUCAAUCGUAGGAGGCAGAGACCCAAUGACGGGUAUGGUUCUGAACUUAGUAACCCAUUUGGUGAUGAUUCGACUUCCGAAGAUGAACGGGAGGGGCAACCAAGGGGUGAACGUGGAGGGGGUAAUAGGCGUUGGGAUUCUGGGAUAAGAGUUGAUAUUCCGGAAUUUGGUGGGUCUAGUUUGAAUCCGGAGGGGUUCGUCGAUUGGUUGGCUACCGUAGAGGAGGUGUUCGAGUACAAGGUGGUGCCUGAAAACAAGCGGGUGGCCUUGAUCGCUACCAGGUUACGUGGUAGGGCCUCUGCGUGGUGGCAACAAUUGAAAUUAACACGGAAUAGACUCGGGAAGUCAAGGAUCGUGACGUGGGCCAAGAUGAAAAAGUGCUUGCGGUCCAACUUUUUGCCUCAUAAUUUUCAAAGGUUGAUGUACCAGCGUCUGCAGAAUUUGAAACAGGGGGCUAAAUCGGUUGAUGAUUAUACCACAGAAUUUUACCAGUUGAUUGCGAGGAAUGAUAUUCAAGAACCGGAGGAGCAACUUGUUUCUCGGUAUAUUGGGGGUCUAAGGGUUCAAAUCAUGGAGUUCGUGAAUCUUUUUGAUCCGUUAACCAUUCCUGAGGCACACCAACGGGCGUUGGCCUUUGAGAAGCAAAACCGUCGGGUGGGCGGUUCAUUUACCCCUGCUGGGGGAAACGUUGGGUCAGGCAGUGGGGCACCUCGUGGCGGGCCUAGUCAGCAGAAGCCGGGUGGUAGCAAUACCGGGCCUACUUCUAAGGGGGCUAGUAGUAGUGGUCCGAGAUGUUUCAAUUGUGGUGAGACGGGCCAUCGUCAAGCUGAGUGUAAGAAGGCCGGUAAGAGACACUUGUUUGCUGAGUCUGAGGAUGAACAGUAUGAGGAAUAUGAAAAUAACCCAGUGUAUGAUGAAGAAACUGAGUACGAAGAAGAGGUUGUGACCGGUGAUGUUGGAGUGAACUUGGUGGUCAGGCGCUCUUGCUAUACACCAAAGGCAGAUGGGGAUGAUUGGUUGAAACACAACAUCUUCCACUCAACAUGUACCAUUUUGGGGAAGGUUUGCACAUUUGUCAUUGAUUCGGAGAGUUGUGACAAUCUGAUUUCUGAAGAGGCAGUUCAAAAGUUGGCCUUGAAGACAGAGAGUCACCCGAAACCGUACAAGCUUCAAUGGCUUAAAAAGGGAGGUGAAGUGACGGUAUCUAAAAGGGCACUUGUUUCUAUUUCUAUUGGGUCAACGUACAAAGAUGAUGUUGUGUGUGAUGUGGUCCCUAUGGACGCGUGUCACUUAUUGUUGGGUAGACCUUGGGAAUAUGAACGUAAUAUUGAGCAUAACGGGCGGUCCAGUACUUAUAGUUUUCUGUUUGGUGGUGUGAAGAUCACUCUUGUCCCUAGCAAGCCUAAACAGUUAGCCACAAAACAGUCGGGUAAUUUGUUGACCAUCAGCCAGUUUCAAGAUGAAUUGGAGGACACAGACAGUGUUUUUGUUUUGAUAGGGAAGGCAGUGCCCGAGGAAGUCAAAAUUCCUGAAGUUAUGGUUCCUUUGCUUGAGGAAUUUUCUGAUGUGUUUCCGGUUGAGUUGCCUGAUGGAUUACCGCCUUUGCGUGACAUCCAACAUCAUAUUGAUUUGGAGCCUGGGUCACAGUUACCCAAUAGACCACAUUACAGGAUGAGCCCUGCUGAGCAUGAAGAGUUGCGAAGACAGGUUGAGGAGUUGAUUUCUAAGGGUCACGUUCGUGAAAGUAUGAGCCCUUGUGCUGUUCCGGCUUUAUUGACUCCAAAAAAAGAUGGCACUUGGCGUAUGUGUGUUGAUAGUCGAGCAAUCAACAAGAUUACUGUGAGGUACAGGUUUCCUAUUCCUCGACUUGAUGAUUUGCUUGAUCAACUUACUGGUGCUAGUAUUUUUACGAAGUUAGAUUUGAAGAGUGGUUAUUACCAGAUUCGUCUUAGACCGGGUGACGAGUGGAAGACUGCCUUCAAGACUCGUGAAGGAUUUAUUUUGGGCCUUUAG